CGCCAGGGGCCGCAGUGUCUACAAGCCCGCCCGUCCCACCGCCCACAGUCUUUCCCACCCUCAUUUUUCUCUGAGAUGGUGGUUGCGGCGCUACUACGGGGCGCGGCUCCGGGGAGAGGCGGCGUGGCCUGGCGCUGGCGGCUGCGUUUGGCUCCGAGGUACCGCCCGGCCCACGGCUCGGCCCGCCAGGGCGCCAACUCUGCGGACGGCCUGACCUGGGCCUGCUUUCCGCUGGGCGAGCGAGCUCUGGUGCGCGUGCGCGGGCCGGACUCGGCGCCCUUUCUCCUGGGGCUGCUGACCAAUGAGCUGCCGCUUCCGAGUCCUGCGGACAGUGCGGCCCCGCCCGCGGUGCACGUGUGCUACGCUCACUUUCUCAAUGUCCAGGGACGCACGCUCUACGACGUCAUUCUCUACCGGUGCUACCUACUGGCUGGGCAAGCCACAGCCACCUGCCACCUCCCUCUGCCUGUGGCCAUGUUGGGGAUCCCCCAAGGACUGCGGGUCCAGCAAAUAAAAAUGCAAGAUGCCCAGGUUCAAGAAGCCAAGCCAACGUGCCAUAAAAUGCGGGUCCCCGCACCUUCCGACCAGGCACCCGCCUUCCUCCUGGAGUGUGACAGUGGUGUGCUGGGUGCACUGCAGAGCCAUCUGGCGCUGUACAGAAUCCGGCGGGAGGUCACAGUGGAGUUGCACCCUGAGCUGCGUGUGUGGGCUGUGCUGCCUGAUGUACCAGAGGAGGCCAAUGGGGCUGCAGUGCUGUGGGAGCAGGCCCAGGGUGCUGCCAUCCUCACGCGCGACCCGCGGACUGCCUGCAUGGGCUGGCGGCUCCUUGCCCAGGACGAGGGCCCUACCCUGGUGCCCGGGGGCCGGCUUGGGGAUGUCCGGGAUUAUCACCGGCACCGGUACCGACACGGUAUUCCCGAGGGUGUCCAGGACCUGCCACCGGGAGUGGCACUGCCCCUGGAGUCGAACCUGGCCUUCAUGAACGGCGUCAGCUUCACCAAAGGCUGCUACAUUGGCCAGGAGCUGACCGCGCGCACUCACCACAUGGGUGUGGUGCGCAAGCGCCUUUUCCCGGUGCAGCUCACUGGACUACUCCCUGCCCACAGCCUGGCCCCUGGCGCUUCAGUGUUCACGGAGUCAGGGCAGGCAGCUGGCAAGUACAGAGCAGGCCUUGGGGACGUGGGGUUGGCCCUGCUGCGCUCGGAGCAGGCCAGGGGCCCUCUCCAUGUCAGAACCCCUGAGGGUGGCCGGGUGACCCUCACCGCAUUUGUGCCGGAUUGGUGGCCCAUGACCACCAAGUAGCCCUGGGUGCCCCGUGCCCGUAGGCCCCAGAACAUCUAGGGUGCCCAGGAGGACCUCUGUUUAAAGGGGGCCCACUUGCCACCGUGCAGAGCCAAGCUCUGAGCAGGUUCUUGGAUAAGGUCACAAAUGUAGGCCUGAGGGUCGUUUGCCCACCAUAAGGCCGGCCAUCCCGGGCCUUGUCCUCGAUCAGCCUACCAUGGCAGGUGGUCAGGAGGCUGCUCGGUCGGCAGGUGGGCAGGUGGGCUCCGGGAAUGCCACCACUGGCCCUGCGGGGGGGUCCUUGGUGACAUGAGCCUCACUCACCAUCCUCCAGUGCUGCUGUGUGCUCCACGCGGGCUCCACAGCUUGGGCCCCAUGGAUCCCUUGUGAGUGUGGUGGGGAGAGGCAGGGCGGGUGCCCUGGACAGCGGCCCAGGGUGUGGACAGGAUCUUCCACUUGCUUUUUUGCUGCUGUUUCCAGAAGCAGCUAUGUCCUUACAGGAAGAUGUUACCUCACUCCCUCUAACUGCUGGUUUCUGUCCCCCUGCUGCAUGGUGACUCUUGAGGGGACAGCUGUCCCCCUUGGUGCCCCAAUGCUAUUAAAGUGUGAACCACAAGUG